GGUUUUCUUGUUUCAAUGGUAGAUCAUCGUUACUGCUUGGUAUUUGAUUACAAAGGUAAAAGGAUACGGUUGUCGCAUACGUCUGGAUCGAUGUUUCCGUCCGACGAACGGACCCAUGAGUAUGACCACGUGAUCAGAGCUAAUGACGGUAUAUACCUAUGUGUGUAUAUGGACAUUUUACAUGUAUAGUACUAGUGCGGUACUUAAUUUCAAAUUGCUUCGUGCAUCUAUUCCUCUUAUGAAUAAGGUGAGAAACUACAGCUCGACCAAGGUGAGUAGGACGAGGCAUCAUUCGUUGGACGAGCUGGCGACAUGGAGAGAGUGGUUUUAAAUGUCGGCGGCAGAGUGUUUGAAACCACUUUUGAUACAUUACAUUCUAAGCCUGACACAAGACUAGGAAAACUGUCAAGGGACUCCAAGGAAUUCUGUAAAGAAACAGAACAAUUUUUCUUUGACAGGAAUCCUGAUUUCUUUAACUCGGUACUAGAUUUCUACAGAACAGGCGAACUUCAUUUGCCUAUUUUUUACUGUGGUGCCACCUUGCGGCAUGAGUUGUCGUUUUGGGAGUUACACGAGGAGAACUUGUCAGCCUGUUGUCUGCAGGUGUACUACAAAUUUGAUAAUGACAAAGACACUCUAAAAACUCUGGAAACUUAUCUUUCUGUCAAGGACCUAGACUACACCGACGCACAGUGUGGAGCUAGCGCGUUCGUCCGUGUAAAGAGAGCAAUAUGGCUGUUUUUGGACCAACCAAAUUCUUCUUUUCUAGCUCAGAUGUUCAGCUUCCUGUAUUUCUUCGUGGUGGUGGUUUCCAUUUUCAUAUUCCUGUUUGGAUCCCAUCCCUCCUUCCGUGCCGACAUUGAUCUCAGUCAAUACGACAACGUGACACUGUUUUACCUGAUGUCCGAAAUCGACUGGGAGAACCCUAAGGAACGACUGACUUAUCUAACGGAGGUUUACUCGCCACUUGUUUACAUUGAAUGGUCGUGUCUCUUCUUCUUUACAGUCGAGCUAGUCCUCCACUUCCUCACUUCUCCCAACAAGAACCGCUUUUUUGGCAGCUGGUUGAACGUUCUUGACACGUUCCUCGUUGCUGCAAUGCUAACUGUACUCGGAAUGGAGAUAAAUAUCCAGGCUGUCACUUCUAGUACUGCGGGUGGCAUAAUAUACCUUCUUCUGAAAUCCGCGAUAAUCUGCAGACUAUUUCGGUUGUUUCGACUCGUGAGGCAGUACAGUGCUUUGAAAAUUCUAUCCAUCACUUUGCGAUCUAGUCUAAAAGAGUUAUUGUUAUUGCUCGUGGUGUUUUUUAUGUCAGUCACGAUAUUUGCUGGAUUUGUGUAUUAUGCCGAAUUUGAGGAGCCGACUACUUUCCCCGAUCUGUUCGUGGCAGUUUGGUGGGCGAUUAUCACUAUGACAACUGUGGGGUAUGGGGACCAAUACCCAAAAACGCUUCUUGGCCGUGCAGUAGGCAUCUGCUGUGCUAUGUGUGGCAUUCUGCUUCUGUCCAUGCCCAUAGCUGUUGUUGCAUCAAACUUCAGCGAUCUUCACUUACGGAAUAAAGACAGAGAACGAUUUCUCGCAAAAGACAAGAAAAAGACAAAGUCUUCUGUGUCACCAAUUUCAAAGGGCAAAUUAACAGAAACCAUGUGUGAAAAGGAGACAAGUGUCAUCUGACUUUGAUUCUAUUGUUCCCGUGACUUCCUACCUGAUCAGAUCUUGCCUGAUGUUAACAUCGUGAUGUAAAGAGAGAGAGAGAGAGAGAGAGAGAGAGAGAGAGAGAGAGAGAGAGAGAGAGAGAGAGAGAGAGAGAGAGAGGGAGCGAGCGAGCGAGCGAGCGAGAGAGAGAGAGAUGGUUACUCAUAAUUCACACAAAUGUUUUUUUCUAAUAUAGCAGCAGUCUUUUUCUAAUGUAUAAUAUAGCUAUAUUUAAAAUUGUAACUUACUUGUGGGAAAAAAAACUUUACUUUGAAUUUAAGCUUUGUAAUGUAAUUUCAAUGUCUAUAUGUAUUCUGUUAUUUUUAAGUUUGAGGAACAUAAAAUAUGUUAAUUUGUAAGCGAAAAAAAUGGUUGGCACCAGUACUGUUUUUGCGAGAGAAACGUGGCUGGCAAUACUUAUCCUGCACUUGAAUAUUGUUCAACUUAAAAUAAAGCAAACACUCUUUGAUCAUGUAUUGUAUUUUGAUGAACGGUCGUGACAUGUAUGGCAAGCCAAGUUAUCAUUUAUUCACGGAGCAUUAGUGAUGUAGUAAGCAACCAAAUUAUUGAAGAUAUUUUAUAUUUUUUGCGAGAUAUUUUAAAGAAACGUUUAUGAGAUAUCUUAUGUUUUAUGAGAUAUCGUAUAAAAGAUAUAAGAUAUCUCAUCAACCAGAUAUAUCUUAUAAACAUUUUCGUACAUUUCUCGAGUUGAUAUACAAUGUAAUUGUUUUAACACUUAUAUUUUAAUGAACUUGUUUCUUUCGCUAUAAACAAUUCUUUUCGUGUACAUAAAUUUUAUGAAGCAGAACCUAGAGCAUUCACGACAAUUGAACAUGAUCAGAGAGCACUCUUUCGUGAUGGCCGCCAAAUAGUCACGUGAGUUUGUUGACCCUAAGUUUGUACUCUCGUCAUGCUUGAAGAGCAGUAAUAAAAAAAAUAUGAUUCGAUAUAGUUGUGAUAUUCCUGCUUUGUCAGAUGUGACAACAAUGAUUUGCUCAAUGUGUGGCAAAAGCUGUUCCUCCACUUCCAAUCUGAACCAACAUGAAAAAAUAUACAACCAGGUAUCACAUUACAGCUGGUGUGGCUGACAAUUGUUUUUAAUGCGAAUCUGAAGAGGCAUCCGUGGAAUGUACAUGGCGAAGUGAAGAAUUACAUUUACAGUUGUUUCCGCAAGGAGAAUGCACUGAUACUGAUUUAAAAAGACACAAUCGCCGAGAGCAAGGAAAAAGAAGGAAAAAGAAGUUGGAAUGCCAUUUAUGUAGCUACAUAGAGGAAGACAUUUCUAAACUAAGGGAUCGCUUUAACCGGCACAGCGGAGAGAAAACCCAUCGCUGCAAAGUAUGCAACAAGUCAUACCGAUUCCGAAGUGGCCUCAGUUUUAUGUCAAAUCAAAGCAUUCGUGUUAGACUGUGAUUCUCGAUAUUGAUUAUGUGAUGAGAUUUUUCUUACUAUGUUUAAAGUUAAUGUUUUGUUCUUUAAACUGAUUAUAUUCGUUUUUAUUAAUAAAUAUGUGAUGUUGUUAACUCCGUGAUUCAAAUAGAUAUCAUUCAAUUUUUGCAGGUAGCACUGUACUCCUAUUGAAGUUUUAGCAUCGGUGAUGUAUUUAUGUUAUGCUGGUUCAUAUCAUGUCUUUACAAACUCAAGAAAAAUGUCCUGAUAAACAGCAUGGACAUCCUUUUCAUUUCUUGAUAAAAAACCGUCUUUACACCAAGAGAUUGAUUGUAAGCUGUUCAGAUAGAACCAACUAUUUCUCGGUACAUUCGCGGAUUCAUAACGUUAACCCUACUACAAUAAAGUUUAUUCCUUUGUUGAUGAUCAAAUGUUCAUAUUACUGUUAAAAUACAGAUAAAGCCAUAAACAUAUGUGAUCGUAACGCUGUGAUACAAUAGAAUUGUGUUUAUACAAAUUCUAGAUAUAGCACUCUGGAAUCAGGAACCGCAAAAUGUGUUUCUCCCCUUGAGUCGAAUAUCCUUAGCAGGAGGGUGACAAAAGUUGCGUAAUCUUGAAUCACAAAAUAAAGUUGAGAAAUUUGCCACCGAAUAUGCGAGAACCUAAUUUCCAAAAUGUUUUCUUUGUAGUCGAAUAUCUCAUUUGUGAGGUGGGAUUGCAGUUAUACUACUUGAUUUCUUCAGUUCAUAGCAUAGAUGCAAUGUAAAAUCAAAGGAAACCUGUCUUUGUUUACAAGUUUUAGAAAGUCAAUGAUGCUUUUCUCAAAACCUUCAGUGUGCAAGUCAUUUUGAUCGCAGCUGUCAUCCUCUUGUAUUGGCGUUAUGCCGAAAUUUAUAUCUUCGUAAUGAUUAUCAUUUCGACGAAAGUAAAAACACCGAAUAAUCCUUCUGUCAGGGAUUAACUGUGGACUAUUAAACGAUUUCUUUAAUA